CAGAGACAGUGUCGCGGAGAGCCGGGCAGAGCCUACAGAGACUGCAGCCUGGAGAGGUUCUUCAGGGAGCACAAUGAAGGGUGUUGUGCUGCACACAGUGCUACUGGAAAGGCGGGUUUGGGCAGCAGAGUCUUCAUCAUGGCGAUCCAGCAAGGCCCAGGCCAAGUAGAGGUGCGAGCUGAUGCAGGAGGAGUGCUCAGUGAUGGAGGAUGAACGGAUCAUGACGGGGAUGCAUGCAGCGGUAUGGAGUGUGGAUAAGGAAGCUGGAGGAAAGAUGACUUUACAUCAUGUCCAUUAUGUUUGAAGAGAGGAGCACAUAACAGGGAGGCAUCAUCAGCACCUGCCUAAGACCGCCGAGCGAGGGCCGCUAUUGCUGCUACCACAACCAGAUGCUCAAGGGCCUUUGCAAGGAAGUCUCUAUACGGUCUAUAAUAUGUUGGGUGUCACUGGUAGUGAGAGGAGGAUCAUGAGAGUUGUCACUGAGGCUGUGACGGAAGCACCUAGAUAGCUGUGGAUCAGGAGAGCUUCCUAUGCAAGGGCAGUUCUUGUUGACAUGGAGCCCAAAGUCAUCACUCACGCUGUCGCAACAGCAGCCAAAUCCAGCACAUGGAAGUAUGAAGAUGGGUCGUACUUCUGCCAGAAGCAGGGCUCAGGAAACAACUGGGCCAAUGGGUUCUGUGUUCACGGACCUCGUCACGAGGAGGCUGUGAGUGACCUCAUUCGGAGACAGGUGGAGCGCUGUGACCGGCUGGCGGGUAUACUCACCAUGAUGAGUGUGGCGGGGGGUACGGGCUCUGGCAUGGGCACCUACAUUACCCAGUGUCUGAGAGAUUCUUACCCUCACUCUUUCAUACUCAAUCAGUUGACCUGGCCCUACGGUACUGGAGAGGUGAUUGUCCAGAACUAUAACUCUGUGCUGACGCUGUCUCAUCUAUACCAGUGGUCUGAUGCCAUACUUGUCCAUGAAAAUGACACCGUUCAUAAAAUCUGUGCCAAGCUCAUGAAUAUCAAGCACAUCUCCUUCUGUGAUGUCAAUAAGAUCAUCGCUCACCAGCUGGGCAGCAUGCUGCAGCCAGCUGAUACAGUAGGAACACUGGGUCACUACACCAGGAAUCCAGUGGGAGAGCUGCUGAAAAAUCUAGUGUGUCACUCGGAGUACAAACUGUUGAGCUUGAGCACCAUCCCCCAGAUGUCUAGCUCCUCCCUGGCCUACAGUUCCUUCACUUGGCCAGGACUGCUUAAGCAUCUGCGGCAGAUGCUUGUCGCUAAUGCCAGGAUGGAGGAAGGAAUUGAUUGGCAGGUCCGUGUGCCACUUAAUGGACAACCUGCACUUGAACGGAUGGCAGAAAAGACGAAACAGGGUUUCAACAAGUCACUUGCAAACGUGCUGAUACUGCGAGGGAAGGAUGUGUCUGGUGCUGAUCCAGAAGCCUUUUUGCACCCGGGACUGUACUCCUCCUGGCUACCAGCAGGGACCGCUUUCAGCACAUGGCGUUCACCAGUUCCCUUCAAUGGCUAUGAGAAAUCUGCCACCCUGGUCAGCAACAGCCAGUCCCUCCUUAAGCCUUUGGAUAAUAUUGUGGGAAAAGCAUGGAACAUGUUUGCUUCAAAGGCCUAUGUUCAUCAGUAUACCAAGUUUGGCAUCUCUGAAGAGGAUUUCCUUGACAGCUUCACAGCACUGGAGCAGGUCAUUUCCAGCUACAGGCACCUGUGACCCACAGCUAACAUUGCACUUGUGAUUCUGGCACUGUUUGAUUACAAGAAAAAUACUCCAUUCAACAAACACCAUUAUGAAGUUUGCAGAUGAUACGACAGUCAUUGGUUUGGUUACAAACAAUGAUGAGACUGCAUACAGCAAUGAGGUAUGAAACAUGACAGCCUGAUGCUCUGCCAACAAUCUCAUUCGUAACACCAGUAAGACAAAAGAGAUUGUGGUGGAAUUCAGGAAGAAAAGGAGACCUGACCUUAGUCCUGUGCUUAUAAAUGGCCAGGCUGUGGAGAGUCCCCAGUUUCAAAUUGCUGGGGGUGAACAUUAGAGAAGACCUCUCUUGGGCCACACACACCUCUACUGUCAUCAGAAAGGCACAACUCUAUUUCUUGAGAAGACUGAGGAGAGCGAGACUGCCUCAGGAUCUUCUCAUGAAUUUCUGUCAAUGUACAGUGGAGAGUGCACUGAUGUACUGCAUUACAGCAUAGUACACCAGCUGCACAAGAGAAUACCAGAAAGCUCUGCAACAGGUCAUCCGGACAGCUCAAAACAUCACUGGCACACAUAUGUACAUUAAUCCGUUCAGGUGUCAGAGCAGAGCCUCCAAAUUAUUAGGGACUCCACUCACCCUGCACACCAGUUCUUUAAACUGCUCCCUUCUGGCAGGCAAUACAGGACAAUUCACUCACACACCACAAGGAUGAAAAAAAGCUUCUCCCCUAUAGCUGUGAAACAGUUGAACUCUGCUUGAUUUUUUUUUUUUUUUUAAAAAAACCCCCCCCCGAAUACACACGUAAUAAAUGCAACUAUACACGCACUUUAUAGUCUCUUUUGUCUUUGUCUGUCCUACUGUCUCACUGGUCUACAGUAUUAUUUUGUUUAAAUAAUUUAAUUUUCUAUUUUUAUCCUUAAGUGUU